AUGGUCGUGUAUCACGAUCGUAAUUUAAUCAUCAACUACAUCCCGCGAAACGUAUCCGACCUUGAUCUUUCAAGUCUGUUUUCUACUGUGGGAACCAUCAAGACGUGUCGAAUUAUUCGUGACAGAAACAGUGGCUCCAGUUUUGGCUUUGGAUUUUGUGAAUAUGAAGAUGCUGAAUCUGCACACAGGGCUAUCGCUCGUUUUAAUGGAUAUAGAAUAGCAGACAAAGUCUUAAAAGUGUCGCUUGCAAAAUUGCAAGGAAGGCUGUGUCAAAGUUCAAACCUUUAUGUUAAGAACUUUCCACUUACUGUGACAGAGGAGCAACUAUCGACGGAAUUUGAACGCUUUGGUAAAGUGAUUCAGUGCCGCAUUCUCCGUGACCGGGACUCUGAUGCCUCAAAGGGUAGUGCGUACGUACUUUUUGAGAAUAGAAGCGACGCAGAGGCAGCCAAAAAGUCGCUAGACGGAAUGCCGUGGCCUGGUUCCAGCGAUGGUUCUUUACUGGCCAUCAAAUUUGCUACACCGCCUUAUCGUCAGCCGUCAAACAACGCACCGGCAAAUAAAUCUGGCCAAGUCCGGAAAACGGACACCGUUCCAAACUGCUUUCAAGGUAUCAACUAUGGAGACCAGUUGGCGGCCCAACUAUUAGCGUUGCAAAGCAGAAGUGGAUUUACAUGUGAAUCGCUACUAACUGCACCAACUCAUUCUUAUCUUCAUGAUUCACUGUAUCUUCCUCAAGGGAACGGCAUGCUAAGCUCGGUGACCCCUUCAAAUCUCACUGCGCCAAAUCAAACCAAUCCGUGCAACGUGUUAUGGCCACCUGAUUAUGUCGUUCAUGAGGGCCGUCCGACAAUAACCGCUCCACUACCAAUGGCAUCAGCGUAUGCGCCACCAUACUACAUUUCGCAAUAUCCGUGGAUGCUAAGUCAGUGGUCUUCAGUGCCAUCAAGUGUCUCGCCCGGUUUUGCAUCAACUUACCCUGGAGUCCUGGAGGGAUUCACAAAUGCCGUUCAUGGCUGUCCUGUAUUCACGGGCUUAUCGCCUUCUGUGUUUGCUCCACAAGUGACACUCAACGGUGGUCAGAAUCAAAAUACACGCACCCCGCACACCGAAACAGUUUCAAAACGUUCGAAAAUACAAAAAUCUGAAAAGGCAAGUACUUCUGUUUAUGUGUACAACAUUGGAAAUCUAAUGACAAACAAGGAGUUAUGUGAUUUAUUUGGACGCUUUGGAUCAAUCUCUUGUGUUUCUAUCCCUCGUGAUCCCAAGACUAAUUUUGCUAGAAAUUUUGGUUUUGUUACUUUUGAAAAUUUCAAAAGUGCUGCUAGUGCAGUGGCCACAAUGAACGGGUUUUUGUAUGCUGGUCGCCGACUUCAAGUGUCUUUCAGAAAACCUCGACCUGUGGCAAACAAAUCAAACUGUAAUGCACAAUCCAAAUUAGCGGAAACUACCAAUGGACACGAGAGCGAAUCAGCUGAUGAUCCAACGUCGUCCAUUUCGGUGAAAGCUGAAAAAGAAAGUAUUCAAAAUGGCGUACAAACUGUAAAAUGUGAUGAAGUUAUUAAUGAUUUAAGUGAUUUGAAGAUAAAUGACACUACGGAGUUUUCAUCAGAUUCACCGAAACUGGAAGCUGAUGAUAUGUGA